UCGUCAAGAAAUCUGGAGAUAUUUAAAAACACUCUUCAGUCUGCCUACCACCAUCAACAGUCUCAGACUUAUCCCAAGUACUACCACCACACUCCACCCUGCACUAACAGUCCCUCUGAGCUCGCCGCUCCCCGAUGGACCCAAUCAUUCAGGCAUAUUUUGCCUUAGGGAUUUCUGCUGUUAUCCCGAUCUGGUAUGCCUCACAUGCAUCAGUCAAAGCACCAAUCGUGUUGAAGAAAAAGUCGGGAAAGAACUCGGCCGAUACGACCGAAUCAUCCGAUGAGGAAGAAGAAGCUGUCGAACGGAUGACCAGUGAGGACGCUUAUUGGUUUCCAGUGAUGGGUUCGGGAGCAUUAUUAGGACUAUACCUGGUCUUCAAGUAUCUGAAUAAGGACCUGAUCAAUGCGCUCUUUGCGGGAUAUUUCUCCUUGAUGGGCUCAGGAGCACUAGCGACAAUGCUAGUGACGAUCACCAAAACGACCCUAGGACCGACGACCUGGUCGAACCAGACGAAAUACAAGUUCAGAUUGACCCGGAAUACGGCGGACGUCUUGUUCAGUCUCCGGUUCACCAACUGGCACAUCGGCUACAUCCUCGGCUCCGUCAUCCUCUCCGCCAUCCAAUGGUACACCAAACAGUGGAUGCUGUCAAACUUGUUCGCCCUCAGCUUCGCCUUCAACGCUAUCACCCUCUUGAAGCUCGAUAGCUUCAAGACUGGGACCGUUCUACUCGGUGGUCUGUUCAUCUAUGAUGUCUGGUGGGUCUUUGGAUCUUCCCAUGCUUUCGGUGAAAGUGUGAUGGUCAGCGUCGCAAAGAACUUUGCCGCUCCCAUCAAGAUCACUUGGCCUCGUGCGAUCGCUGAUUUCCUGUCAACCGACGACAAGAAAUUUGCCAUGUUAGGAUUAGGUGAUAUCGUUAUGCCAGGAAUUUUCGUCGCACUUUCGCUGCGAUAUGAUUACAAGAAAGCGUAUGACAAGAUCGUCAAGUCGACCAAAGGACCGAUCAACAAGAAGACCGUCCUUUCUCCUGCCGGCAAUUUCCCCAGACCAUACUUCUACACCUGCAUGGCAUCUUAUGUCCUCGGUCUGGGAAUCACCAUGGCCGUCAUGCACAUCUUCAAGGCCGCCCAACCUGCUCUUCUGUAUUUGAGUCCAGCAUGCACAGGAAGUGUACUUCUGUUAGCCAUCAUCAAUGGAGACACACAGGAAUACUGGCGAUGGGAAGAUGGAGAAGAUGAUGAUAAGAAGCCGGAACCCAGUAAGGAAGACAACGACAAACAGUCCUCCAAAAACAUUGACAACCAAUCCUCCGACGGGAACACCAAUCAAUCUGUCAAAUUGACUGCUGCUGGUGUGAAGAAAAAUCAAAAAUGACACUUUCUCCUUGUCAUGAUUGUUUACUUUUUUCUUUUUUUUUGGUGUUGCUUUAUCUUUCUUUCUCUUUUUUUUUUCUUUUGCUGCUUGUGUUUUCCACUUGAUACAUCCUCUCUUGCUCUCUGCUGUUUCUCUCUCGCUUUCUCUUGAUCAAGCUUGUCUUUGAUUCGCCGUUUCUCAUCUCCUCAAAACCUCACUCGAUCGACCCAAAGCGUCUUCUUUCUCUCUCUCUCUCUUCUGAAUCUGGUGGUUCAAUUCUAAAAGCAAUUCACCUCCUGUCCCUCGUCCCUUUUUCAAUUUUUUUUUGAGUGUGUUGUCCAUUUCACAUGCUAGUUUCAGGGCAGGAAUGAAACGGAUGUACUGUCAUCAAACUAAACA